AUGGAAGUUCAGGUCUCUGAAAUGACUUCUUUGAAUUCUUGGGUGUCUGACAUCAGCACAGUGAGAUCGAUCCGUGUGUACACUGGUAAUGCUGUGAGAUGGUGUGGCUCAUCACGAACACCUCCAGGGACACCACAGCAAGAGAUUCUGCACUGUCUCAAGGCUGCAUUGGUGGAAUGGGUUUCAAAGUUCAAUCCAGAUCAAGUUGAAUCGAAGAGACUAGCAGAACAUCUUGUUUGCAACCUCACGCAGGAUCAUGAGAAGAUUAGACCUGAAGAGAGAGAAGACAUCAAAAUAACAGCCAAACUAUUCAUCUACAGAUAUGAACCUGGAAUCAUCAAAGAGGCUGCAACUGAAGCCUGCUUACAGCUGGGAGUGUCUCAACUAGAUUCUGUAAUCCUGGCUCUGCCACAACUGCCAGGAGGGAAAUGCCACUCCCUGGAAGACUUGCUGCCCCCUUGGGAGGAGCUGGAGUCCCUGGUCCAAGAGCAGAUGGUCACAUCAAUCGGAGUGUCGGACAUGGACAAGCAGAUGCUGGAGACAUUUUGCCUAAAUGUACAGGUCCAACCAAGCAGUUGCCAAGUCAACCUUGCUUCUUGCUGUGUAAUACCACCUGAACUGACUGCAUUCACCAGUGAAAACGGCAUCCAAUUGUUGACUCACAAUGACCCUGCAGAUAUCCUUCCAGUGGAAAUGCUCCAGGAAGCCCUCAGUGCCAAGCUGCAAGACCCUGGCAUCUCCGAGUGGGUGCCAAGGUGGAUCCUUCGCUACUCGGCAAUUAUUAAGGACAGAGGGAUCAUCAGAUCAAAAGGAUACAUGGUGAAGGCUGAGAGAACAGCAACACAUCGCCGAGUCUGCCCUGAGACGUAGGUUAUUGUGGUUGGAUUUAUGAUUCUAUCUCAUGUUCUUGGAGAACUCUGGAAUGAACAGAUGUAAAGACAUUGACUCAGAGGGGAUUUAGGACUGGGUAUUGAGUUGCAAAACAAGCAAAGUUGUCCACUGCAAUAUCUUCAUUAUGUUCUUCUCUGAUCAUAUGCAGUUAAGUAUUCCUCCUCAACCCUUUGGAACAGAUGAGCAGGAAUUUCUUUAGCCAGAUGGUGGUGAAUCUGUGGAAUUCUUUGUCACAGGUGGCUGCGGAGGCGAAGUCAUUGGGUAUAUUUAAA